AUGACACCACCCAUCGGAUCAGAUGUGUCUGUGCCGACAGGGGACGUGGCUUCCGCCUUCUUCUCCGUCCCCAGCCUUGAUCUGCACUCUGACCACACCUGCAGCCGGGUUUUCAGCCUGUCCGACUCGCGCCCUUUCUGGGAGGCGGAGGAUACGGCGCCGCCGCGCUGCGGAGCCUCCAGCCUGGGCGUCAGCGACGCGCGCGUCUGCUUGCGGCGCCUCACCAACUCGCGCCAACGGCCGGCACACCUCGUCCUGGUUGGCGACUCGCGCGCUCGCAUCCUGCUCGAAUGGCUGUCGGCAGAGCUGGAGUUGCAGUUCGAGGGCCGGCCCGUGCAGGAUCUGUUCCCGGACGUGGCCAACGCCUCGCGUCACGUUGUCGGCCACCCGGCGCUCUGCACGGAGGGCUUCAAACUGUUCGACUCGACGCGCACACACUGGCAGAAGCUCGCCUGCAGCCUCGUAGCAGCCAGCCCCCUCCUGCGCGUCGAGUUCUUCUGGCGCGCGCACGCGGACGACGCGUACCUGAACGUGCUGAACGCGCUGGCCGACGAGUGUGGCCGGGGCGGCGCCUGCCCCGACCUUGUGGUGCUGACGGCCGGCUACUGGUAUGCAAAGCCGUUCCAGGAUGAGACGCGUAUGCCGCUGCAGGAGCGCGUGCUGCGCUUCCGGAAGGAUAUGCUGCCGUUCGCGCGCCACGUCCAGGCGCUGGCGGCCUUCACCAAGGUGGUAUGGAAGCUGGACGGGCCGGAGAUGACCGAGAGCAGCGGCAAGAAUUCUCUCAUCGGCGGCGUCAUCCUGUCGUCAAACGCCGUCGUAUUCGACGUGUACAGACAGGCACUCGGUGCGCAGCCGUGGACAUCUUCCCUGGCGGACACGCUGCGCUUCUACCACUCGGUCUGCCUGCCGCUGGCGGCGCAGCGCGCGCUCCAUACGCAGGCCGUGCGCCACGAGUGCCUCGACGAGAACCACGUGGGCGCCUCGGUGCGCGCUACCGCGGGCAACGCCCUGCUCAGCUUCGUGUGCCACCGUGCGCUCGAGCGCCGGCCGGGGCACUGCUGUGGUGCGGGGGUCCAAAGUCUAGUAUAA